UGCCUUUAAAGAUGGCCUCCGACGACAACGUGCCGUGUCGCGUCUAUGCCAAAAAAUGUUCGAAAACUGUUAUCGGACCGUGAAUAUCGAUUAAAUCGAAUUGUACAGUGAUUAUAGAGAUAUUCUAUACAAUUGUUCGGUAACGAUAGGAAAAAAUGUUUGGUGUAUCACGGUGUUUAAUUAAUUGAAAAGCAAAAAGAUUGACGAGAUGCGAGAUCGGAUCAAUCUAGUGGUAGUCAUUCUACCCCGUUUCGAGUGACAGUAGCUUACGUAACGGAUUAUUCUCGCUAUGAUAACGAUACUCCAGCCACGAAUGCGAAACAAGAAACUGUUUUACCCGGUUAUUCGUGGCGCUGCGCACGAAUCUGCUAGAAAUACGCAUCGCGACUGACCUGAUUAUUCUUUGUCGUUUUGAUAUCGUGCCACGUUACUGUUCGAGUGCAUCCUUUUAGUUUCGAAUCCAGCACGCUGGAAAAUAAUAUUGAAGCUCGUUCUGAUGAAUUAUGACAGCGGCGCUCGUCAUGGAAAACAUAAAUUGGGAUCCUGCUUUGUCCAAGCUGUUAAAUUCUCUACAGGAGAACAAGAACGAGAUACCAAGCUGCACCGAAGAGGAAUUCGGUUUCUUAAGCGAGUUGUUACAAUCGAAGGAAUUGAACGCUUUGGUGAACGUGCAUAAUAAAAUUUUGAACAAUGUCAAGGAUGACAAAUUCUUUCCCGUACUCUCCAAUUCUAUGGAUAUCGACAUCGAAGUCUUGGAUCUCUUGUCCACCAAGACUCACGUCUCGAAGGAUUGCAAAGAACUUUUCCAUUUACUUCAGAAACCACACAUACAGGGCUUGUUAUGCGCCCACGACGCAGUUGCCCAAAAAGAUUAUUAUCCUCGAUUGCCGGAAAUUCCAUUGGAAGUGGACGAGGAUGAAGAAACCGUGAAGAUAGUGCAAUUGGUGAAAUCGAACGAACCCUUGUGUGGCGCCGGCGUUGAACCGAUCGUGGGGGCGACCAUUAAAACGUGCGAGGUGACCGGCAAAAUCGUGAUAGCACGGAUAAUGCACGGCGGGGCGGCCGAUAGAUCCGGCCUCAUUCACGUCGGGGACGAAGUUUGCGAGGUGAACGGAAUCAGCGUUGAAGGAAAGACUCCGAACUGUGUUCUCAAGAUAUUGCAAAAUUCCGAGGGUACGAUUACGUUUAAAAUAGUGCCUGCCGAUAGCAAAGGAGGGAUUCGCGAGAGCAAGGUACGAGUUAGGGCGCAUUUUUCGUACAAAGCUGCCGAAGAUCCUUACAUACCUUGCAAGGAGGCCGGACUAGAUUUUUCUAAGGGUGAUGUCCUUCACAUCGUCAGUCAGGAUGAUGCUUAUUGGUGGCAAGCUAGGCGCGAAGGCGAUCGAAACAUGAGGGCGGGUUUGAUCCCAAGUAGAGCCUUGCAAGAGAGACGGAUUAUCCUUGAAAGACAGCAGAAGGAGAAAACCGACGACGACAAUAUGAGCUUGUGUUCUGUUCCAGUGCCUUUGCCCGCAUUGUGCCCCCGUCCCACUACCUCUUUACACGCCUCGCCUACAAAGUGCAACUUGCAGGGAGUAAAAACUAAAAAAAUCAUAUAUGACGCUGCAGAGAACGACGAUUUCGACCGGGAAGAAAUACCGACCUACGAAGAGGUCGCAAAACUGUAUCCAAGACCGGGCCUCUACCGACCGGUGGUUCUGAUCGGGCCACCAGGUGUCGGAAGGAACGAGCUCAAGAGGCGGCUCAUGGCCACCGACCCCGAUAAGUACAAGACUCCUGUCCCUUAUACCUCGAGGCAGCCGAGGGCAGGCGAAAUCAACGGGAAAGAGUAUCACUUCGUGAGCAGGGAAAAGAUGGAGGAGGAGAUCGAGGCCGGCAAGUUCAUAGAAUACGGGGAAUAUAAAGGGAACUUGUACGGUACCAGUUGCGAAAGCGUGAGCUCGUUGAUAAACGCGGGAUACGUGUGCCUGUUGAACCCUCAUUACCAAGCGUUGAAGAUGCUACGAACUCCGCAGACGAAACCGUACGUGAUAUACGUAAAACCGCCGAGGUUCGAGAUAUUGAAAGAGACUAGGAACGAUACUAGAGCGAGGUCAACCUUUGACGAGAGCAACUCUCGAGGUUUCACGGACGAGGAGUUCGGUGAAAUUUUGCACAGCGCCGCAAGGAUCGAAUUUCUGUACACUCAUCUGUUCGACGAAGUGAUCGUGAACGCCGAUCUUCCUAUCGCGUUCGAACAAUUGGUGAACGCCGUUCACCGGGUUGAAUCGGAACCGCUCUGGGUACCUGCCUCGUGGGUUCAAUAAAUUUUGUUUCGAGGGAAAAUGAAAAUUGCAAGUUCGAUGCUUUUCUCUGAAUUAUUCAAGUUGUACUUUUUCAGUAAAGCGCCUGUUUUCCUCUUCAUCUUCAUCUUCUAUAGAGCAUCUCGAUAAGUACUCCCCAAGAAGAAUGUCGAUGCCUUUAUACCCAGAUAUAUAUAUAUAUAUAUAUUUACAUUUUUGACACGUCGAGAAACUCGAUCCGAUUUAUUUUAAACUAUUUUGUUCUUUUCAAUGUGAAACGAAACUCGUUCUUCGUUAUGCAGAUACAUAGAUAUAUGUAUACUGUAUUUGAAUAGGGUUUAAGAAGUUUGUAUUUUUACCAAUGAUCUCGUUUUUAAGCGUUUAAGUUAAACGUAUCUUUGAUUUCUAAUGUAUCGUGCAUUCGAUGCAUAAUAUUAGAAUUUUUACUGCCACGAAUUAAAAGCAUCUCGCGACGAAGGAGUAGAAAGUAAAUAUUGUUGUGAAGGAAUUUGAAAGUGUACGUAAAGCACGGGAACCGUGUAAAAAUUCUUACGUAAUUUUUUUGGGAUCAACGAUUAUAAAUGGUAGCUCGUCGAGACGAGUUGAUAAAGUUGGUGAAAUUGAAAUUUUGAAAUGUUAAAUAAUCGUUAUUAUACCACUCGUGACCUUUGAUCCCAGUUGUUGAUUGUUGCCAAAUAAGUAAUCGUGCAUAAAACAUAUGAGAAUCAUCUCGUACAAUUAUUGUAUUUUCCACCCGAUCAGCAUUGCCACGAUAUUGCUAUUUUUUUCAUAAUUAAAGGGCUGCCAGCAUGAGGAAGAUUUAUGCACGCUAUACCGUUAGCGUUGCAUCAAAUAGUUCAUCCUCGAUGUAAACUCUCUAUGUUAUCGAAAUAUAGUAUUACACUUUGAAAUA